AUGUCUGAGAACACAAAUCGGGACAUCUCAACGCUCGUCUCGCAGGAGCUCUCACAAACCUCCUACGAGUGCUCUUCUCUCACCCAGCUCAGUGGGGGAACGGCCAACUUCGUCUAUCGAGGUAUUCUCGCUAGGCCCCUCCAGGACGGGACGAAAACGAUUAUCAUCAAACACGGAGAGGACUAUGUUGCUUCCAAUCGAGACUUCAAGCUGACUACAGAUCGCUGCCUGUUCGAGGAGACAAUCCUGAAAGCCUUGAAUGACUUCCCCGCUACAACCGAGACGGACACCGACAGCAAUACCAGCUGCACAGUCAAGACCCCUCGUCUGUUUCAUUUUAACCAUGACACCAACACUCAGAUUCUCGAAGAUUUGCCCGGAGCGCUGGACCUAAAGUCUUUCAUGCUCUGUCCCGAAAACUCGCAGAAUGUCUCCCGCGAAAUGGCCGCGGCUAUCGGUCGUGCGUUGGGGAAGUGGCUGCUCUCUUUCCACACUUGGGUCUCGGAAGAGACUCAGAAAGACCUGGUCAAGACGAUGGAGAAGAAUGAGCCCAUGCGCGAUAUCAAGUUCACGGUCAACUAUGACAAUCUCGUUAAGAUGGUCGAUCGAUUCCCGACGUUUCUGAAAGAAAGCCAGCAUAUCUUCCACCAAGUCCGGGACAUGGCAGCGGCGGAGCUGGGCUGGAAAGAUGGGAAGGGGUUUGGGGUGAUUCACGGAGAUUUUUGGUCGGGAAAUGUUUUAAUUCCAAGUACCGCAUUGGAGCAGCAACAUGAUAUUCCUCUCUUCGUGACGGACUGGGAAUUAUGUCACUGGGGUUCCCGAGCUCUCGAUCUGGGCCAGAUGGUGGCUGAGCUCUACCAGCUCAAGCAUUUCAAGAACAUUGACGCAGGACUCUGGCUCAUUGAAGGACUGCUUGACGGGUACGGCCCGAUCGAUGAAGAUAUGACUUUCCGGAUCGCCAUCCAUAUCGGCGUUCACUUCAUUUGCUGGGGCAGUACCAUUCCUGGUUGGGGUACCAAUGAACAAGUUGAAGGGGUGGUCAAGAUUGGAAGAGAUCUUGUGGUCAAGGGCUGGCAGAAGGAUAGGAACUGGUUUGGGAGAGGUUGGCUGAAGUGCUUGUUCACUGUGGCUUAG